AUGCUUAUAGCAAUACAUAAAGAGAAAGUGUGUCCUCACGUUUGCCUGUGCUUUCCUGCCAGAACACCGGAGCUCUGCAGCCCUGACCGCGAGUCCUCGCUGGGCGCAGUUACCGAGAUCCCGCACAGCUGCCUCUGCCCUCGCUGCCCACUCCCGCUCCUCUGCCCCGCUCCGAGCCUCGCCAGCCCUGCUCUCCAAGUGAACAAACACAAGCCCUGGAUUGAGACAUCGUAUCACGGAAUCAUAACUGAAAACAACGAUACUGUAAUUUUGGAUCCUCCUCUUGUUGCUUUGGAUAAAGAUGCCCCUGUUCCCUUUGCAGGUGAAAUCUGUGCUUUUAAAAUCCAUGGACAAGAAAUGCCCUUUGAAGCUGUUGUGCUGAACAAGACAUCUGGGGAAGGUCGUCUGCAAGCAAGAAGUCCUAUUGACUGUGAAUUGCAGAAAGAAUACACAUUCAUAAUACAGGCUUAUGACUGUGGAUCAGGACCAGGUGGAAUUAACUGGAAGAAAUCUCACAAGGCAGUGGUCCAUAUCCAGGUAAAGGAUGUCAAUGAGUUUGCACCAGCUUUCAAGGAGAGUGUGUAUAAAGCCACUGUGACAGAGGGGAAGAUCUAUGACAGCAUUCUGCAGGUAGAAGCCAUAGAUGAGGACUGUUCCCCACAGUACAGCCAGAUCUGCAAUUAUGAAAUAGUCACAACUGAUGUCCCUUUUGCCAUUGACAGAAAUGGUAAUAUCAGGAACACUGAGAAGCUGAACUAUGAUAAACAGCACCAAUAUGAGAUAAUGGUGACAGCUUUUGACUGUGGGCAAAAACAUGCAACAGACGAUGUCUUAGUGCGAGUUAAUGUCAAACCAGUGUGCAAGCCAGGCUGGCAAGACUGGAACAAACGGAUUGAAUACAGGCCUGGCUCUGGCAGCAUCCCUUUGUUUCCCAGCAUUCAUCUAGAAACCUGUGAUGGACCAGUUUCCUCAAUACACACCACCAUUGAAUUACAGACCAACUACAUUGGAAAGGGCUGCGAUCGUGAAACGUACUCAGAAAAAUCUCUGCAGAAAUUAUGUGGAGCUUCCUCGGGUGCCAUUGACCUGUUACCAUCUCCCAGUGCAACAGCAAACUGGACAGCUGGGCUUCUCAUGGACAACAACGACAUGAUUUUUAAAUUUGAUGGAAAGCAAGGAGCCAAAAUCCCAGAUGGAAUAGUCCCAAAGAAUUUAACUGAUCAAUUCACCAUCAGUCUGUGGAUGAAACAUGGACCUAGUCCAGGAUUAAGAGCUGAGAAAGAAACUAUUCUCUGCAACUCUGACAAGACAGAGAUGAACAGACACCACUACGCGCUGUACGUGCACAACUGCCGCCUCGUCUUCCUCCUGCGCAAAGACUUUGAUCAGGCUGACACCUUCCGUCCUGCAGAGUUCCACUGGAAGCUCGAUCAGAUUUGUGAUAAAGAAUGGCAUUACUACGUUGUGAAUGUUGAGUUUCCUGUUGUCACAUUGUACAUGGAUGGGACAACUUAUGAACCUUACCUUGUGACCAACGACUGGCCAAUCCACCCUUCCCACAUAGCCAUGCAGCUGACAGUCGGCGCGUGUUGGCAAGGAGGUGAAGUCACCAAGCCCAGAUUUGCUCAGUAUUUCCAUGGCAGCCUGGCCAGUCUCACUAUCCGGCCAGGCAAAAUUGAGAGUCAGAAAGUGAUUUCCUGUCUGCAGGCCUGCAAGGAGGGUCUGGAUAUUAAUUCUCUCGAGAGUCUUGGCCAAGGAAUAAAGUAUCACUUCAACCCUUCCCAGUCAGUCCUUGUCAUGGAAGGAGAUGACAUUGAGAAUAUAAAUCAAGCUCUCCGAAAGGUCUCAUACAUCAACUCUAGACAGUUUCCUACUGCAGGUGUACGACGUCUCAAAGUCUCAUCUAAAGUCCAAUGUUUUGGUGAAGAUGUCUGCAUUAGUAUCCCAGAUAUAGAUGCCUAUGUAAUGGUGUUUCAGGCCAGUGAGCCCAGGAUUACAGUAAGUGGGAUGGACCACUUUGCUAGACCAGCUGCACAAUUUGAAAGUGAAAGAGGUGUUAUUUUGCUACCUGACAUCAGGAUUGUCAGCACAGUCACUAAAAUGGAGCAUCCAGAGGACUUAGAAGAACAUGAAAGAGCCAAUAAGCCUGUGGUAUUAGAGGAAAUGCUCCACAACUUGGAUUUCUGUGAUAUUUUGGUCAUUGGUGCAGAACUAGAUCCUGAACAAGAGUGUUUAGAACUAGAUCGUGUGGAACUUCAAGGAAAACACCUAGAUGCCACAAAUUCCACAGCAGGAUAUUCAAUCUAUGGUGUAGACAGCAUGCACAACUAUGAACAGGUUCUUCGGCAGAUUCGGUACCGUAACUGGGACACUUCUGCCACCUUUGACAGAAAGUUCAGAGUCAAGUGCACAGAGCUAAAUGGACGUUACACCAGCAAUGAAUUUAACCUGGAGGUCAAUAUUCUACACAGCUCCAACUUCAUGGACCAUGUAAAUCAUAUGAUAGUACAACCACAAUUUCUCCAAUCUGUGCAGCACCAAGAAGGAAGCAUAAGUGCUGCUCACAACUCAGUUGUUCCAAGUGUGGCUACUAUUGUUAUCAUAAUCUGUGUCAGCAUCCUCAUUUUCAUUGUGACCUUGGGGGUCUAUCGAAUCCGGAGAGCCCAUCAGCACAGCUCUGCAGACAACGAAGGCAGCAAAGAAAAUGAAAUGGAUUGGGAUGAUUCUGCUCUGACCAUUACUGUCAACCCCAUGGAGAAAUAUGAAAAGCCUCAUCAGACAGAAGAGGAGAGUGAGGAAGAAGACACAGAAGAUGAAGACACAACCAGUGCUGAAUCAGAUGAAAGUGAAGAGGAGGAGGAGGAGGAAGAGGAAGUGAUUGUCCAAAAGGGAGACAAACAGAAUGCCAGCAGGAGUGAGCAGUUGGAGUGGGAUGAUUCCACACUCCCAUACUAGCAGUCCUCUAGCCACAUUGCUCUUUUGUAACAAC